AUGAGGAGUUUGAAGAAGGCUGCAAAGCUGCCUGUAAUGGGUAUGAUGCUUUGUAUCUUAAAAAACUUAGGUUCUGAAUACACUGACUUCAUUUACUUUCAUUUUUUUAGGCCUUAUGAUGGGAAAUGGAGUAAAACAAUGGUGGGAUUCGGGCCUGAGGAUGAUCAUUUUGUUGCAGAAUUGACAUACAAUUAUGGCAUUGGAGACUACAAGCUUGGCAAUGACUUCGUGGGAGUCACCCUUGCUUCCAGCCAGGCUAUCAGCAACGCUAAGAAACUGGAGUGGCCACUCAGUAAAGUUGCAGAAGGGGUUUUUGAAACUGAGGCCCCCGGAGGAUAUAAGUUCUACUUACAGGAUGGAAGUCCACCUCAGUCAGAUCCUGUAUUAAAGGUCACUCUGGCAGUGUCUGAUCUCCAGAAGUCCUUGAACUACUGGUCUAAUCUCCUGGGAAUGAAAAUUUAUGAGCAAGAUGAGGAGAAACAAAGGGCUUUGCUGGGCUACGCUGAUAACCAGUGUAAGCUGGAGCUGCAGGGCAUCAACGGAGCAGUUGACCAUGCAGCAGCCUUUGGAAGAAUUGCCUUUUCUUGUCCGCAGAAAGAGUUGCCAGACCUAGAAGACUUGAUGAAAAGGGAGAAGCAGUCGAUCCUGACUCCGCUGGUGAGUCUGGAUACUCCAGGGAAGGCAACAGUGCAAGUGGUCAUCCUGGCUGACCCUGAUGGACAUGAAAUUUGCUUUGUUGGGGAUGAAGCUUUUCGAGAACUUUCUAAGAUGGAUCCAAAAGGAAGCAAAUUAUUGGAUGAUGCAAUGGCAGCUGACAAAAGUGAUGAGUGGUUUGCUACAAGAAAUAAACCAAAGGCUUCCGGUUAAUGGAAGACACACGAGGAGCACUUACAAGUCCAGUCUAGCGUUUGUUAUCUGUCUAGCAUCUAUUUGUUAUGAGAAAUGCUCCCACCACUUCAUUGUGUCCUGCAUAGACAAGGAGGCCUGUUGAGUUAGUUUCAUUCUUCAAAGCUUUGUUAUGUUUUAGAAAUGAAAUAUUAUUUUUAUCAUUCUUGAUAGAGGUGAACUCCUACUGUAAUUGUAUUAAAUCUAGUAACAGAUUAUUGUCCAGCCGUUACCCCAGGCUUGGGAUGGAAGGAGAUUUGAUUAGCUGUUAAUCAUGUAGAUAAUAUUGGAACAAGUGUUCAAAUUAAGCUACACCAGCCUGGCAUGGUGGUGCAUGCCUUUAGUCCUAGCACGUGGGAGGCAGAGGCAAGAAAAUCUCUGUGAGUUUGAGGUCACAGUCAGGACUUCAAAGACCCUGUCCCAAAGAAAACAAAACAAAAUAAAAGCCAAACCAACUGUGUAGAGUGCUCAUAUUUCCAGGACCUGAUGGUUAGAUACUGUUCUACUAUCUUACCAUAGAGGGUCUUGGCAGUCAAACUUUUUUCCUUUGGCUUUCUGAGACAGAGUCACCUGAUAGCUCAGGGUAGCCUGUCACUUCACCAUGAAGUUCAAGGGAGCUUUUAACAUUUUCCCCUUGAGAAGAGUCUGGCUCUGUAGCCCUGGCUGACCUGGAACUCUUUAUGUCAACUAGACUGGCCUCAAACUCACAGAAACUCACCUGCUCUGCCUCUUGCUGGAAGCUCUGUUUCAAACCCAGUGGUUUGAACUUUUCAAUCUUCCUGCCUGGCCUUGAAUUCAGGUCAGCCUGCUUUUUGCCUCAAGAGUGCUGGGAUUAACCACACCUCGCCUUGAUUUUACACUUUGAAUAACCAGAGAAAACAGGAAGUGUCUAAUGAACAAAGUAUUCAGUGAGUCACAUUUCAGAGUGCCUGGCUCUGUACUACUUUCUUUAUAAAAUGGUUUUAAUCCUCUUUAAAAUGAAUUAUUUCUUCAGCCUGAAAAAUGUUUUCUGUUGAGUUUCUUUUUGGGUUGAUAGAGGAAGUUGUUUUCAAUCAGAAUUUUAGCAGGCAAAUCUCUGAGUGACCAGCCAGCCUGGUCUACAGAGUGGGUUCCAGGACAGCAGGGUUACAUAGAGAAACCCUGUCUCAAAAUAACAAAAACAACAACAGAAGUUUUAUUGGGUGUAUUUGUUAAUAAAGCUUUUUGGAAAGGCUGGUUCUAGAAUCACAUGGAGGGUUUUGUUUGUUUUGAGACAGUGUCUCAUUAUGCGGCUGGUCUAGAACUCACUAUGUAUAUCCUCUAAUUCACAAAUAAAAAAACAGAACUUGG